ACCCCUUGCACGAAUGCCUGCCACUGUCUACUACAGGGCUUUCCACACUCCCACUGCCAGUCUGCACCCGGGCGCGACUUCACGGCGCCCACGGCUCCCGCAGGUCCUCCAGAGUCACUGACGCUCUACCCGUCAGUCUCGGCGGCCGGCCCGGCUCGCGCCCCUCUAGCCGGCUCUUCCUCUCUAUAGGCCGGGCGAGACUUCCGGUGGCGGGACGCGGGGCGCGCACGCGGGAAAAGCUCCCCUGGAGGCCCCCGCCCCUCCCUCGCGUCCCCAGCGCGCCCACCGCCCACCCCGGGCAGUCGCGAGGCUACCGCUGAAAGAGGUUCGCCUCCUCCCUCCUGAACCCAGAUCCCCGGCCCUCGGAGUCCCUGCACCCGCGUCUAGAAGUUGGGCUCGGCUCCCGGCCUCCCCCGGCAGGUCAGCAUGGCAGAGACGCUGGAGUUCAACGACAUCUACCAGGAGGUGAAAGGCUCCAUGAACGAUGGUCGGCUGAGGCUGAGCCGCCAGGGCAUCAUGUUCAAGAACAGCAAGACGGGCAAAGUGGACAACGUGCAGGCCGGGGAGCUGACGGAAGGCAUCUGGCGCCGGGUGGCGCUGGGCCACGGACUGAAACUGCUCACCAAGAACGGUCAUGUGUACAAGUACGACGGCUUCCGGGAAUCGGAAUUUGAGAAACUGUCUGAUUUCUUCAGAACCCACUACCGCCUGGAUCUUAUGGAGAAGGACCUGUGUGUGAAGGGCUGGAACUGGGGGACAGUGAAGUUUGGGGGACAGCUGCUCUCCUUUGACAUUGGGGACCAGCCCGUCUUCGAGAUUCCCCUCAGCAACGUGUCCCAGUGCACCACGGGCAAGAACGAGGUGACGCUGGAGUUCCACCAGAACGACGAUGCGGAGGUCUCUCUCAUGGAGGUGCGCUUCUAUGUCCCGCCCACCCAGGAGGACGGCGUGGACCCUGUUGAGGCCUUUGCUCAGAAUGUGCUGUCGAAGGCGGACGUCAUCCAGGCCACCGGAGACGCCAUCUGCAUCUUCCGGGAGCUGCAGUGCCUGACCCCGCGUGGUCGGUACGACAUCCGCAUCUACCCCACCUUCCUGCACCUGCACGGCAAGACUUUCGACUACAAGAUCCCCUACACCACGGUGCUGCGCCUCUUCCUGCUGCCCCACAAGGACCAGCGCCAGAUGUUCUUCGUGAUCAGCCUGGAUCCCCCGAUCAAGCAGGGCCAGACCCGGUAUCACUUCCUCAUCCUGCUCUUCUCCAAGGAUGAGGACAUCUCCUUGACCCUCAACAUGAGCGAGGAGGAGGUGGAGAAGCGCUUUGAGGGGCGGCUCACCAAGAACAUGUCGGGGUCGCUCUACGAGAUGGUCAGCCGGGUCAUGAAAGCUCUUGUGAACCGCAAGAUCACAGUCCCUGGCAACUUCCAAGGGCACUCGGGGGCGCAGUGCAUCACCUGCUCCUACAAGGCCAGCUCGGGGCUGCUGUACCCGCUGGAGCGGGGCUUCAUUUACGUCCACAAGCCGCCUGUGCACAUCCGCUUUGACGAGAUCUCCUUCGUCAACUUCGCCCGAGGCACCACGACCACCCGCUCCUUUGACUUCGAGAUUGAGACCAAGCAGGGCACGCAGUACACCUUCAGCAGCAUCGAGAGGGAGGAGUACGGGAAGCUGUUCGACUUCGUCAACGCGAAGAAGCUCAACAUCAAGAACCGAGGCCUGAAAGAGAAAAAAGAGGGCAUGAACCCGAGCUAUGACGAGUACGCCGACUCCGACGAAGACCAGCACGAUGCCUACCUGGAGCGCAUGAAGGAGGAGGGCAAGAUCCGGGAGGAGAACGCCAACGACAGCAGUGACGACUCGGGCGAGGAGACGGAUGAGUCCUUCAACCCCGGGGAGGAGGAGGAAGACGUGGCCGAGGAGUUUGACAGCAACGCCUCGGCCAGCUCGUCCAGCAACGAGGGUGACAGCGACCGGGAGGAGAAGAAGAGGAAACAGCUGAAGAGGGCCAAGAUGGCUAAGGAUCGCAAGAGCCGCAAGAAGACUGUGGAGGGAAAGAAGGGCAAAGACCCCAACGCCCCCAAGAGGCCCAUGUCCGCGUACAUGCUGUGGCUCAAUGCCAGCCGGGAGAAGAUCAAGUCGGACCACCCGGGCAUCAGCAUCACGGACCUCUCCAAGAAGGCCGGCGAGAUCUGGAAGGGGAUGUCCAAGGAGAAGAAGGAGGAGUGGGACCGCAAGGCGGAGGAUGCCAGGAGGGAGUACGAGAAGGCCAUGAAGGAGUACGAAGGAGGCCGUGGCGAGUCUUCCAAGAGAGAUAAGUCCAAGAAGAAGAAGAAAGUUAAAGCGAAGAUAGAUAAGAAAUCCACACCCUCUCGGGGCUCCUCGUCCAAGUCCUCCUCCAGGCAGCUAAGCGAGAGUUUCAAGAGCAAGGAAUUUGUGUCCAGCGACGAGAGCUCCUCCGGAGAGAACAAGAGCAAGAAGAAGAGGCGGCGGAGUGAGGACUCUGAGGAAGAGGAACUGGCCAGCACCCCUCCCAGCUCAGAAGAUUCCGUGUCAGGAUCCGAUGAGUAGACAGGAGAGCCCCACACCCGCCCUGUCACGGCUCCAGGCUCCCACCCAGUCUCCGUGUCAGCUUCUCUUCCGAGACACGGGGUCUGCAGGUGGCACGCACGUCUCCGGGCGUGGGGCGGCUCCUUGUCACUGGGAGAGAGUGGGUGGGAGGCGGGGCAGCGCAGCAUCCCAGCCCUGGUCCUCUUCUGCCAGCCUUGAGGACGCUACUGCCGCUUGUCCUGUCCGUGGCUGCAGCGGGGUCAGGCGAGGGCAGGCCAGUGGCCGCUUUGGGGCCUAUUUCUACAUUUAUUUUGUAUUUCUGGUCUGUGAAAUCCACAUUUAAUAAAGGAAUCUGACUUUGGAAACC